CAAAGGCAGUAAGACGCGGCUGGGAAAUGUCAUCAGUCAUCCUUAAUGGACGUAAUAUACUUCAAACAAUCAAUAGUGUUAUCCUUUAAGGGCUGAAAUAAGAUAAGUAUUGUCAGUGCCGUUUGCCGUUUGCGUGUGAACAAGACUCCAGAUGUAGGCUAAGUGACUAAAUCUGAGAAUCCACAGGUUCCUCCUCUGCGCGUGUUUGCUUUUUCUUCUGUGCUUCUGGAUGGAUCUAGACUGAAGGACAUCAGCUGUGAAGGGCACCCGAGUAGCUGUCUCGCGUUACGGACGUGUUUAUUUCACGGAGUGGAGUGAAGAAUGAAGUUGGUUCUCUCUAGAUAGAUGACGACCGGCGAGUCAGGGGGUCGUUGGACGACUUAAAUUCGCAGAGAACACGUAAAUAUUUUGCAGCCUAGUUUCUACAGCUCGUCAGUUGUGUUUUGAAAUCCUGCCUUGUUGAAAUCCUGCCUUGUUGAAAUCCUGCCUUGUAGCAGUUUGGAUUUUCAGUCGCGAAGAGGGAAGUUACCUGUGCGCUCAUCUGCCAAGGAGAGGCGCUGUCCGUGGUCCUGAAGUCAUUUAAACAACUCCUGCCAUCUUUCUCUUGGCCUUGUUCUCUAAAUAAAAGCAACAGUUAGAGGGACACUGUCCGUCAAGCAGCUCGACAAAGAGCUUAAUAUGGUAACUCAAACCAGUGUUCAUCUGCAAACUUUGGUACUUUUGAUUUUUUUCGUCUGCCUGAGCCAGCCAGUAUGUGUCGAUGUCCCGUCAGAGACAGAAGCAGUCCUGGGUAAAUCCAUGAGGUUGACCUGCAUCUCCUGUAUGAAGAGGGAGGAGAUCAAAGCAAAGACGUUUGUGGAUUGGUUCUACAUGCCAGAAAAGGAAAAAGACAUCCCACCUAACAGAACUCAUAUAUACGAGUAUAAGAAUAACAAACCAGUGGAAUUAGACGGACCAUUUAAGGGCCGUCUGACCUGGAAUGGGAGCCAGGACUUGCAAGAUGUCUCCAUUGAAAUAAUCAAUGUUACCUAUAACGACACCGGUGUCUUUGAGUGCAAUGUACUUCGCAAGUUUGAGUUUGACUUCUUUACACCCUCUGUCCUCGUCACGAAGGAGAUCAAGUUGAAGGUGAACGCUGAAGCCAGUCCAGACGUCACAGCGAUCUACUCUGAGAUCAUGAUGUAUGUGCUGCUGGUGUUCUUGACCUUCUGGCUGCUGGUGGAGAUGGUCUACUGCUACAGGAAGAUCUCCAAGUCCGAUGAGCAGGCGCAGGACACGGCGUAUUAAACAGUCAUGAUGGGAGCAGUGUCAUGUGCCGGAAACAGGCAUAGAUUCAACAACCUUUCAUCCAUGCCACUAUGAAGGUGUCAUUACUGCCAGACAGCCAUGGGAAUCCUGCCAACCGACCUCCCCUGUGUAUCGACCGUGUCUUGUGAAGAACAAGUCAAAAAUGUCCAAGUGCUAAAUUUUUCUCCUCCUUUUCCCUUCAUUUUUUUUAACCUUCGUGCCAGGCAUCUGAAAUCAAAUGCUUUCACAAAUAUAGCAGGUUAAAGAACAAAAGCGUCAGUGUCCUGCGCUUAUUAUCAGAUAAAUACCAGCCAUGGUACAUUUGGACAUGCUAGUGUGUAGAGUUACUAAACAUUUUCUUAGUAGUUAGUGGUGCCUCUGUGAUUUAUAAGCUUUAAACAAAAGAUCCAAAAAGAGACGCUGUCUUACUGCUGCCAAGGCUCUUAUUCACAACUUACAUACUGAUACUGUAGUACUUGUUUAGUUCAUUUGUGUUGUCACAGUUUUAUAGAUCCACGCUGAGAUUUUCAUUCACAGUUUUAUUUGUAUUGGCCAAUGUUUUUUAUGUCUUUUUAAGGAAAAUGAAUAGCAUAGCUUUUAUACUGUACGGAUGUGCAUUUCUCGGCUGUAUGUAUCAGUGAAGCCACAGUGUAAUGGAACUAUCAAGCCACUCUAUUUCAGAUGAUCUGAAUUAAUCUAGAGGUCUUUCCUAAACUCUCCCCUGUAUAAAUCUUUAAUCCAUGUUCAGCACUAAUGUCAAAGCAUAUUCAAUAGGUUAAGUCAUACUGCAUACAGUUACUCAAACAUUUAUUAUUAAGCUUUGCCUGUUGCUGGUGUUCUACAUUAGCACUGCUAUUGAGACUAAAUGUGUGCCUAUUUCUAUAGUACUACACUGUAGAAAUGUAUAUAUUUUAUGAUGCAAUCAUAUCACGCUGUUGUGUCUAUUACAGAUAUGAUAUCUCCUGUGUGAGUGAGCUGCUUUUGAACUAUUAAAUACAAUGCAUUCCA